AUUUAUUCAUGUGAGACCACAUGAAUAAAUAAAGGUCCCUUGUUGUGCUCAUUUCAGUGGCAGUUAAAUUCCGGUGAAGAACUAUACUGCUACGUGACGUCAUCAUGGCGAGCAUGUCCGAUUCUGACUGUGAAAACCAGCAACCAUCAACAAGCUCUCGAAGUCGUCACGUGUUCCAAAAAGAUGACCAGGAGCCACUAAAACCCACAACUGAAGAUGGCGAUGUUGAAGAGAAGCAGAGGGAUCCGAGCAGUGGUGCCAAGGAGGUGGGAGGAGGAGAUGAAAAAGUGAGAGUUAAGAGCGACUCUCAUGUCUACACUGCCACCAAGGACUCACUCUUCCCAAAGAAAAAAGACCAAGCCAGGACACAUGCAUUGACCCUCGAUUGGGUGUUUGGAGUGAACCGCAGUCUCCCUUUCUUCAGUCUACAAGACCACGAUCAGCUGGUCAUCCUGUAUGCUGCAGCUCAUGUGGGGAUCAUCUUCAAUCACACACUCAACUCUCAGCACAUACUUCAGGGUCACAGCUUCCCCAUCACCUGCAUGUGUGUCAGCGAGGACAGACGCUGGAUUGCCACGGCAGACCAGGGUCCGAGGAGCAUGGUGAUGAUUUGGGAUUCAUACUCAGGGAUUCCUGUGCAUACGAUGUUUGACUGCCACCCUGAUGGAGGUGUGAUAGCCAUGGCCUUUUCGAGAGACAGCAAAUAUCUGGCGACGCUCGGGAACGAAAAGCUGCAGUGUGUCUGCAUUUGGGACUGGACUGAUGACAUGGAGGAGCCCUUGUGGUACACAGAACUCAGCGCUCAGUGCGGCUUCCAAACUUACAUCUUAUUCAAUCCGAACGACAGCUCACAACUGCUCAGCAACAGCCACAACAAAGUAUUAUUGUACACCACGUCAGAUGGAACGUUGAAGUAUUACUUUCUGAGGGUUAUGAGGGGGUAUAACAUCAAUGUGGCAGGACUGGAUGACACUGAAGACCCUCCACCUUCACAGGGCUUCUAUAACAUUGUAGCGAUGGCCGGUGGGGCUUUCAGCCAGUCAGUGUUCCACUGGAGUAAACGUCAGAUCCUCACAGCGUCGGCAGGAGGGAGCAUCGUGGUGUGGGACCUGAUGGAGGAUUUUGCUGCAAAUGAAAAUCUCACCAGAGCUUGUGUCAAUGUAAUGUCUCUCCAGAAGGAGCCCAUCACUGUCCUCACUGUUACUGACUGCUGUAUUGUGACCGGAGACACGAGAGGCUUCAUCACCAUCUACGAUGAAAACUUCCUGCCGCUGGCUUGGUAUGAAAAAUUAAACCUGGAUGCAAUUGUCUCAAUCUCCUUCUCCAAAGAGAGCAAAGAGGGCUACUUGGAAGACUGUACUCUGGAGACCAAACCGCUAAUCAUCCGGAACUUUGUUGUGUCCACCAUCAGCUCCAUCGUGGUCCACGUCGACGCCAAGAAAGGUGUCGCUCAGGUCCUUCUGGACGAAGAGAGCGAACCUCUUCACACCGUGGCCUGCCACCCGAAGGAGCCCCUGGUGGUCAUGGGCGAUCAAGGAGGCGUUUUAAAAGUGAGAGAUUACAACCGCAAAGUGACGCUCAAGAGUAGGAUCUUUGAGGAUGAUAAACACAUAGAGUCUGUGGCCUUUGACCCUGAAGGGUUGUACUUGGCAGUUGGAUUUAGUAGCGGAGUGGUUCAAAUUCUGGAUCCAAACACGUUAGAAAGCAAUCCAGAUCAGACUUUCCGGUUCACUGAGGAGAGCAUCAGUCACAUUGCUUUCUCUUGUGACUCCAAGUUUCUCGCCACUGCGGACACUGGAAAAGCAGUGACAGUGUUUUGCCUCCGUGCUCAUGAGAGUGAACCCUCACGCUGGGAGUACCUGGGCAGGCAGCGGCCGCACUACAAGCCCAUCAUUGACCUGCUUUUUGGAGUUCAUGAGGACAGCAAAAAGCCCAGAUUACUCUCUUUAGGCAAGGACCGUGUCUUGGUGGAGUAUGACCUGGAACUCAGCUCUGUGGACAAUCUCCUCCUGCUAAAUUCAGUUAGGAUCGAGCAAAGUGCAGUCCCCACGUGCAUGACCUGGUACCCACCACUCUCUGCAGAGCGCUCCCUUCUGGUCGUCUCUGACCAAUACAAGAUGAAGCUCUUCAACAGCAGCAGCAAGAUGUGCAGAAACACAUUCCUUGGCCCAAAAUAUGGAUCUCCCUUGAAGAAAGUAGCUGUCAUCCCUGCAUCCAAGGAGUGCAAGAAGGACUCUUAUUACUUGGCGUACAUCACCCAGGAGAAACUGGGCCUCCAGAUCUUGCCCCUGGACGGAAACCCCUUCAAGUCAAUUGCGUUGAUCUGCCAUCCCUCGGGAGUAUCGGCGUUUGCCUGCUCCUACGACGGACGCUUUGUCUUCACCGCGGGAGGAUACGACCCCUCUGUGAUGUUAUGGGAGAUAAGCCUCAAUGCUUUGGAAGCAGCAGCGUCUUUAGGAGGAGAGGACUUGGCACCUUUUUACACUCUUUUAGAUGGAGGAAGAGAGGGCCCAUUGUUUAAGGAGAUGGAAGACUUCUUUUACUACUGCCAAAUCCAACAUCAAGGCGUGGACUCUAUGGAAACCCGGCAAGUGUCUACCAAAAUUCCCUUUACAGAGGUCCCAUCACUCAUGCGGUCUCUGGCCUACUUCCCCACUGAAGAGGAGAUAGAGGACAUUCACAAUGAAGUCAAGUUCAGCAAAUAUGCUGAAACUGGACAGUACAACCAUGAAGUUGACCUCGGGGAGUUUAUCAAGCUGUAUGUCAACCAUCGGCCAGCGUUCGACGUCUCCAACGAUGCACUGGCUCAAGCUUUUCAGGUCCUCGGGACAACAGAUGGUAAAGAGUUCCCUGUCCUUGACAGGCAAGAGUUGCUGGAGCUCCUCCAAGAACGAGGGGAACCUAUGUCACCGGAUGAAGUGGCAGAGUGUUUCACAACACUUUUGGGUCUCUGUGAAGAAAAUGAGGAGAAAGAAAACCCAAGAAUCCCAAAGGAAUAUUUACGAGGAAAACCUGAAGGAUCUCUUCAUAAUGUCAUCUCAGAUAAGAUUACCAUCCAGGAAUUUAUAAAUCAUAUUCUGGGCUUCCCCUUACCACCUGAGUCAACAUCGCCAUCGUCGACAAGAACAACAAGAGCAACGCAAAAGUCUGAUGUUGCUUCGUCUUCAGAAACCUCCGCUCGUAUCUGAGUACUGUCUUUCACCAUAACCUCCUCCCAUCUGGUUUCACAUGGACAAAUAAAUGAACU